AUGGAACAAUUAAAUUCGAUAUCGUUCUUCGGAAGUAUGGCACUUUUAGUUUCUUCUAUGACUGGACCUGGACUUGUUACAAGUUGGAACUUACCGAUGAUAAUUUUUGUCAUUGCACUUCUUUUGAGUGGUGGUGCAUCAUUAUUUCUCUGUGAAGCCUUGAGCACAAUUCCAGGAAACAAUCGAUUUCAGGAUAAAAUCGAAUUUUCUCGUCUUACUUCAAUCCUAAUUAAGAAAAAACAUCAUCGCCUAAUUGUUCAAUUAACUCUUUACAUAGCGAUUCAAUCUUUUAUUAUAUCAUCAAUUAUUAUUUCAUCUCAAACAAUGGAUUCAUUAAUGAUUUCAUUAGUUGGAAAAACAUGUGGAAUUGGAAUUCAUCCCACCACCGGAUUUUUUUGUGUCAGAGAACAUGGUCCAACAGGAAGUCCUUUUGGAAAAGAUUAUAUGCUUAUAACUAUUGGAUAUUUGAUUUCUUUAGCAAUUGUUAUCCCUGCGAGUGUUGUGGAACUUGUUGAUAAUAUUAGAGUUCAAGUUGGUUCGUUAUUUAGUUUUUACUCUCUAAAUUUUACAUUUAUGAUUCAUGGACUUGAUUCAGAUCGUGUUCCUUUAGUAGGAACUGAUUUUAGUCAAGUAGUUGGGACAGUAUUAUUUAAUUAUGCAUUUAUCGUAAUGAUUCCAAGUUGGAUUAACGACUUGAAUCCAACAGUUUCAAUUCGUAAAUCAGUAUGGUAUUCUGUAACAAUAUCUACAUGCGUAUAUAUUUUAUUAGGAGUCAUUGGAGGAAUGGCUUAUCAAAUGGAUUCAAAGUCAAAUAUUAUAGCUAUUAUUAAUAAUUCAAGUGAAAGAUCAAUUAUAAGUACUAUUACAACUUAUCUAUUUCCUUUAGCUGUAUUGAUAGCAAGCAUUCCUGUAUAUGCAAUUAUUGUUCGUUAUAAUUUGAUCAAUAAUAAUUAUUGUGAUAAAGCGUUUUACCUUGGUCAAACAAGGGAACAUUUGAAGAGUGAUGAUGAUAUUGUACCAAAAGCUGAAGAACCAAUUGAAAAGGUAAAAAAUCUUGAAAGAAAAUUAUCAAUGUCAAUACUUUCUGAUGCACUUUCUAUGAAAAGAUUAGAACCAAAGUCAGGUAACAAUUUAAGUAUUGAUGAUUUUCAUUUAUCACCGAGUACCACACCAAGGAGAAGAAGAUCAAGGGAUUCAAAUUUUUCAAGAAGUUCAGGUUUAGAUAGUAAUGGUGGUGGUGUCGAUUUUGUAGUUAUCAAUACAAGUAUUAAUACAAAACAAAUGGAUAUACCAAUUUAUAGUAGUAGUCCUAAAGAAUUAGAACCUUCAUCAGCAGCAUUUUUAACUAUUCCAGGAAGUGUGGGGUAUGAUGUAAGUGGUGAUAUUGGUUCGAUAAAUCGUGAUAAAGAAAAUUCUUCUUCAAGUUCAACAGAAUCAGAUACAAAAAUAUUUCCUCCAGGAAUACACUUAACAACUUCUCCACCUUUAUUAGUUUCACGAACAAUUUUCAGUCGUCGAAAAUCUCUUUCUUCACCACCAACAAUAGUAAUAACACCUGCUAUUACUAUAAAUGAUAUUAUUAUAACAGAUCCUCCUUGUGAUACUCAUAGUUUAUCAAUUCAAUCUGUUCAUACCACAAAUUCAAAUUGUCCCCCAUCAUCACCUAUUAUAUCAAUAUAUGAAGAUAUUUAUUCUUCUUCAAUACAAAAAAGUGGUAAUAUUAGUUUAUGUGAAAUAGAAAAUGAUUCAAAUAAUUUAGGAUUGUAUAAUAAUAGUAAAAUAGGUGAAAUUUUUAGAGCAUUUCCUGGACUACCAACAAGAUAUGGAUUAAAGUUAGCGAUCACAAGUGGUUCUACUACAAUUAUUUUAGUGGGAGGAAUUUUAUUAUAUGAUUUUAUAUGUUUAGCUUUUGGAAAAAAUGCUAAUUAUACUACAGACUAUUCUACGGUACCAAUUGAAGCCGUUGAUUUUCUUAAAUUCGUUAAUAAUUCACCCUCACCUUUUCAUGCGGUUGAGGAAGCUCGUUCACGUUUGGUUGGAGUAGGUUUUGAAGAACUCAAAGAACGUGAUAGUUGGACAAGAAGGUUAAAACCUAAUGGGAAAUAUUAUUUCACUAGAAACAAAAGUACAAUUAUAGCUUUUGCUGUAGGUGGUAGGUAUACUCCAGGGAAUGGAUUUUCGAUAGUUGGAACUCAUACUGACUCUCCUUGUUUAAAGGUUAAACCUGUAUCCAAAAAAUCUUCCGCUAAAUAUUUACAGGUUGGGGUGGAAACGUAUGGAGGAGGACUUUGGAAUACUUGGUUUGAUCGUGAUCUCAGUGUUGCUGGUCGUGUAAUGGUAGAAACCAGCGAAAAUAAAUUUGAACAUAAAUUAGUUCAUGUUAGAAGACCAAUCCUUCGAAUUCCCACUUUGGCAAUUCAUCUUGAUCGAAAUGUAAAUGAUGGAUUCAAAUUCAAUAAAGAAACACACUUGACACCUUUAAUUGCUACUGCUACAAAAGCGUUUGGGGGAGAAAAAAAUUCAGAUGAUAAAGAAAAGAAAGAUCAAAAUGAAGAUUUAAAACAUCAUUCUUCUUUGUUGAAUGUUCUUGCUCAUGAACUUGGGAUUAAGACUGUCAAUCAAAUUCAAGACUUUGAAUUAUGUCUCUAUGAUACUCAAAAUGCAACUAUCGGAGGAGUAUUUAAUGAAUUUAUUUUUUCUGCACGACUUGAUAAUUUGAUGAUGUCAUAUUCUGCCUUGAUGGGAUUGAUCGAUAGCACAAAGGAUAUUAAUUCUUUAGAUGAAGAUCACAAUAUUCGUUUGAUAGCACUUUUUGAUAAUGAAGAGGUUGGAAGUGUUUCUGCUCAUGGCGCAGAUUCAAAAUUAAUAGAAUCAAGUCUGAGAAGAAUAACUUAUGGCUUAGAUAUGGUUUCUCCUACUACAUUUGAAGAAUCCAUUCAUAAAAGCCUUCUGAUCAGUGCUGAUAUGGCUCAUGCUGUUCACCCAAAUUACAGUGAGAAAUAUGAAGAGAAUCAUAAACCACAAAUGCAUAAAGGAGUUGUAAUCAAGAUUAAUGCUAAUCAGCGUUAUGCGACUACCGCAGCAACUACUCUUAUAUUACGACAAGCUGCAAAAAAAUAUAAUGUUCCAUUACAAGAAUUUUGUGUGAGAGCAGAUAGUCCAUGUGGUUCUACUAUUGGUCCAAUGAUAAGUGCUAAUCUCGGAUUACGUACUGUUGAUGUUGGAAAUCCUCAAUUAAGUAUGCACUCUAUUCGUGAAAUAGCUGGUACAGAUGAUGUUGGAUAUGCCAUUAAAUUAUUUCAGGGUUUUUUUGAAGAAUUUGCUAAAAUUGAUUCAAAUGUUACUGUUGAUUGA